GUGGUAGAGGCUUAUAAGCAAGGUCUGAGACCAGCCGUUGGCUAUGAGCUCAACCCCUGGCUGCUGUGUCUCUCCAACUACCGGGCCUGGAAGGCUGGGUACCAUGGGAAGGUUUCCUUCCUGAAGAAAGAUCUGUGGAAGGUGAAUCUUUCCGAUUGCUCCAAUGUGAUCGUGUUCCUGGCCCCCAGCGUGAAACCUCCCCUGGCUGCCAAGCUCCUUGCAGAACUCCCCGACGAAGCCCGGGUGGUGGCUGGACGCUUCCCCUUCCCCUCCUGGACCCCCACCAGCACCCUCGGGCAAGGCCUGGAGCAAGUCUGGGCCUAUGACAUGAAGGAGGUGCGGCGAGCGGCGCAGAGCAGCGCAGAGGGAAGCCCGGUCUAA